UCUCAGGGGGCUGGGAUAAGAGCGUCGUGUGCUACAGGGCUUCAUGUGGGUUUGCUCUUACUUCACUCUCUGACAGAAAUUUGAAGCAAAGCUUAUGCCAGAAGAAUGCUUUUCCCCUUUGGAUCUGUUUAAUAAAAUACAAGAACAAAAUGAAGAACUUGGAUUGAUCAUCGAUUUAACAUAUACUCAGCGCUAUUAUAAAGUAGAGGACUUGCCAGAAACUAUUUCUUACAUAAAAAUAUUUACAGUUGGUCAUCAGAUACCUGAUAAUGACACUAUCUUUCAAUUCAAAUGUGCAGUUAAAGAAUUUUUAAAGAAAAAUAAAAACAAUGACAAACUUAUUGGUGUCCACUGCACCCAUGGCUUAAAUAGGACUGGCUACCUCAUUUGCAGAUAUUUGAUUGAUGUAGAAGGCAUGAGGCCAGAUGAUGCAAUUGAAUUGUUCAACAGCUGCCGGGGGCACUNCAUAGAAAGGCAGAACUACAUUGAAAACCUGCAGAAACGUCAUGUCAGAAAGAACCGGAAUGUUAGUGCACCUAGGACAGAUGGCCUUGAAGACUCAGCAGAUCCUAUGGAGCAAGUCCACACCACCAACAAACCUGUGAAAAAAAGGCCUAGGAAGAACCGGCAUGGUGGUCAUCUGGCAUCUUCCCAGCAUUUCCAGCACCAGACCCAGAGCUCACCGUACUCAUUCAGGUACCUGUGCUGCUCCCGUUCCUAGAACUGAGGUGGAAACUGUAUGUUAAGCCAAGGGAAAGUCCGUUGUGAUGAUGACCAGCAGUUGGUACUUCCUUCCUGACCAGGGUCAGUCAUGCUGCUUAGCAAAUCAAACACUGGAUGGGGAAUGUGUAGCUCUUCAGACACAGCUAAGGAUAGGAAAUGUUACUUUAUUUAUUAUUUUAUUUAUCUAUUUAUUUUAGUUAGCUNAAUCUAAGAGGAGUUAGAUAGGUCUACUAGAAGAUAAAAUCUGCGUUCUUGGGACGAAACCUAAGAUUCUAUCUCUGAGGUCUAUCCCUGCGCUUUAAGACUCUAGUUUUUGGAAUAAGGAAGGCUGCCAUUUAAAGAACAAAUACAAAGCCAGGCAGGGUAGUGUGCCUGUGCUCCCAGCACUGGGAUAUAGAGACAGGAGGACCAGGAGUCCAUCCUUGGCUAUGGAGUGAGCUCCACGUCAGCAUAGACUACAUGAGACUCUGUCUCAGAGAGAGAGAGAGGGCUGAGGGGAACAGAGUAGAAGUCCUAAGAGAGACAUUUACACAUGAUUUGAGCAGAUUAAGUUAUAAAAGAAUUUCAGUUGGGAAAUGGGAAAAUUCUCUGUUCAGUCAAAAUUGUCUGUUAGAAUUCUCUAGAGGAGAGAGGGUGGGCAGGUAGAUGAGAUGGGCCUUUAAUAGAGUGAGCCUGGUGAUUCUCUCUAGGAGUCAGGAAAGGCCAGAGAAGCCUUGGAUAGGAGUGGGAGGGCAGGGGAGAGGGCAGACUCGCCUGUGCUGUUCUUUGUACUGGGACUGUUGUCCCGAUAGGUGAUCUGUGCCCGCCCACAUGCAAGCAGGCCUUCUUUAUUCUAGGCCUUCUUUAGUCACUCUGCUNUUCAUGCUGCAGUCGUUUUUGGAAAUGCUCUUGUUGACAGAUGCAGAAAUAAAGCCUCAUGAGCUCUGUAGCUGUUCCUUUCUAGUCAAGAUGCUACAUAAAAUUAGCAACCAGCUUGCAAAAUGUUUUGGCUGUUAAUUUAGCUUAAGUUUUUAUGAGCAUUUGAGGGUUGUACCAGUCAGGCUGGGUUUGAAUUUGUCUCCUUACUCUGCCAUUCACACUAUGUGCAAUCUUGGGUGAGACCACAUCUCUAAUUUCCAUUCUCUGAGCUGGAGAUUUUCCUCUCUUCUCUUCUCUUCUCUUCUCUUCUCUUCUCUUCU